AUGAAAUUAAAAUUCGAUGAAAACUUACGCGAAUUAAUACUAGUGAUUUAUUACCGCAAUUAUCUAUGGACUAAUGAAUAUAACGACAUUGGUGUUCAAUGUUUUACUAAUGCAGGCUAUGAACUUUUAAAAAAAACUUCUGUUAAUCUUAUUUGGCAAAAUGAAAAAAAAACACGUUCCAUUUUUAGGCUAACUUUAUUUGGAGAUGGUCCUGGGGAGUAUUGGUGCGAAGGUCAUACAAUUUUUAAUUUUCAGUGGGUAUCCACUCAACGAUUAAUAGCUUUUAAGAAUAUGCGCGGGCAUACUUUUGCUACGCGGUUAGAUAUCCCAUGCAUUUACAAAAAUAAUGAAAUUAUUGUUAAUUUUUGUAUUUACAUCAACAAAAGCACUAAAAUAUUUGGUAAAAUGAUACGCAAUUUUUUUGUGAAGAAAGCGAAAGAUAGUGUUAGUGAUCUUAUUAUACAUAACGUCCGUAUUAUGAAUAUUGAGAGCGUUACAAAACUCUCCAUGGUUUGUUGGUGUCAUAUAAUGGCACAACUAGAAAUAUCCAAUAAGAGUUAUGAAGAGGUAAGUGCGGAAGAUAUCUUUGAAAAUGUUUCGAAAAUUAGUGACAAUACGUUUUCAAGCAUUCGAGUAUACAAAAAACUAAUGAAAAUGAAUAGUGACUUAAUAACUGUAAUACGUAGUAUAGAAUACUGUUUCCCCGACAUUUUUUCGUCAAAUAACUUAAUGAAUAGUCAAUGGAUGCAGGUUCGUAGGGGAGAAAAAGGUACGGCACAGAUUUUAUGUCUCCAAAAUAAUGGUAUUCCAUAUACGAGACGUUGCGAAGGAGACUUUGUGCAUGGGGCAUAUUGGGAAUUAUUAACACAAUCUAUUAAUUGUGAACAUGCUCAAGAUAUUACACAAAUUUUAUACAACCUGGAGAACACACGCUUGAUUGAGCUAACACCAGAAAAGGUUGUACAAGAAGUUAAGAGCCUCAUUAAAGAUAACAAACAAAAAAUUGGUCCUGGCGAUGUAUACUUAAUUUCUAACAUCAUUCAAGUCUCUCUUCGGAAUCUUUCCGUUCCAAAUGUAGUCUGGUCUAAUGGAGUAGUUCCAGAGCUAGGUCAAAACCCUGCAAAGUGGAAAAGUGUAAUCCAUGACAUCAUAGAAAUCUACAAUAUCCUAACAGAUUUAGAUAUAGACGUAAUUAGUAGGUCAGCUGAUCUAAAUUCAACAAACAAAUUCUUAGAAACAUUUGAAAAUUCAAUGGAUACUCUAUCAUUCUUACAAUAUGUUGACCAAAAUAGCUUCGUUGAAGAAGAUAUUGGAUCUAAACUGGAUUUGGAAGUUUUCGACUAUGUAGACAUUGGUGUAUCCGUACAAUCUUCUCCAAAUUUUCUAUACUUUUAUAUUAAUCCUUUAGUAGCAAAUGUAUCUGGGAUAGCAUUAUUUAACAAUAAUAUCAGUGGUAAAGUUCCACAAAAGUUAAAAGGCAAAUUUUACAAUGAGGAUUACCGAUUUCUGCAAUCCAAUCAUGACAUUGAGGACUUUAUCCAUGAAUCAAAUUUACUACUUGCAACUUAUGUACCAAAAAAACUUUUGAGUAGAUUAAAAACUUUUUCAACCAUAUUUAAUCAAAUAACUAAAAUCCCUCCAAUAGUGGUCAUUAAAGUAUACUCCAACGACAAGCUUUUUCAGCAGGCUAUUCAAACAAAAGCGGUUUCGAGCCAUAUUGUGUCAAUAUCCAUACCUGGAUACAAUACUAAUCUACCUGAGGCACUGCCGCUAAUUCUAAGAAGAUUGCACACUUAUCAUCAUACUGAUUCAGAGCAGUAUUGCCACUACUGGAACUACGGUAAUUGGGCUACCGACGGGGUAAAAAUGUCUAAAAAUGUUGAAAUAAGCGAAGAUAUUGGGAUAUGUUUUUUAACACACUUGGCACCAUUUGCUUAUCUUGUAGGCGUUAACCUUACGUUUGAUAUGGAGAUUGAGUCGUACUCUAAGAAAAUGGAUGAUCGUACUUCGGAUAUCAUAGCAGUGUUAGGCUGCUCACUAUCUUUGUUGGGAGUAUGUUGCAUUUUUAUCACAGCUUCAAAAUUGUAUUAUUGGCGGCACAAGACUUAAUCUAAAGUUUUACUACAUUUGUCU